UGACAGUCAAUUUAAGAUCACUUCCAUCUCCCUCUUUCUCAUUCUCUCUCCAUCACAAAAAUCUCUCUCCCAAUGGAAAAAGACCAACCACAGCCACAAGCAGAACCACCACCUCCGCCGCCGCCGCCACCACUGCCUCCAAGAAGCUACACAUUAACAGCAUCCUCAAUCUCCUACACAAAAUCCACCACCAUCUCACCCUACAACUGGCUCUUCAAAUCCUGCAUCACCACCACCCAACCCACCUACAUUCUCCGUAACAUUUCCUUCACAGCCCACCCUUCCCAAAUCCUCGCCAUCGUCGGCCCAAGCGGAGCCGGCAAAUCAACUCUCCUCGACAUCCUCUCCGCCCGUACCUCCCCAACCCAAGGCUCCCUCUUCCUCAACUCCUCCCCUCUUAACCCUUCCACCUUCCGUAAACUCUCCGCCUACGUCCCUCAACACGACGCCUCUCUCCCUCUCUUAACCGUCUCUGAAACCUUCACCUUUGCCGCCCGCCUCCUCCUCCCUAACAAAACCCUAAUCCCCUCCACUGUCAACUCCCUUCUCUCCGACCUCCGUCUCUCCCACCUCGCCAACACUCGCCUCAUCUCCGGCCUCUCUGGUGGUGAACGUCGACGCGUAUCUAUCGGCCUCGCUCUCCUCCACGAUCCAGCUAUCUUACUUCUCGACGAACCAACCUCCGGCCUCGACAGUGGGUCCGCAUAUAAUGUGAUAUCGACCCUUAAAUCGAUAUGCGAGUCGAGGAAUCGGACAGUGGUGGUUUCGAUUCAUCAGCCGAGUUAUCGGAUACUGUCUGAGAUUGAUGGGAUACUUUUGCUAUGUAAAGGAUGUGUGAUUCAUCAUGGGAGUGUUGAGAGUUUGGAGAGUUAUUUGAUAUCGAAAGAGUUAUGUAUUCCGCCGCAGCUUAAUGCUUUGGAAUUUGCUAUGGAAAUUAUUAAUGAUCUUACGCCUUGUAAUAAGGGUGUUGUGAUUAUUGGUAAUGAAGGUGGUACUUACUGUUCGAAUAAUCAUGAAGAUAAUGAAAACAAUGAGAUUAAAUAUCGGAGCUGUAGAUUGCAUGAGAUUUUGACGCUUCAUUGGAGAUUUUGGAUUAUUAUAUUUCGAACGAGGCAGCUGCUUUUGACUAAUACUUUGGAAGCUCUUGUUGUGGGAAUUGUAUUAGGAACAAUUUACAUAAACAUCGGGAUGGACAAAGCCGGCAUAGAGAAAAGAUUUGGUUUAUUCGCCUUCACACUAACAUUCCUCCUCUCUUCAACAACCGAAACUCUUCCUAUUUUCCUCAACGAACGUCCAAUUCUCCUCCGUGAAACCUCCUCCGGCCUCUACCGUCUCUCCUCCUACAUUAUCGCCAACACCCUCGUCUUCCUCCCCUACCUCCUCGCCAUCGCCCUCAUCUACUCCGCCUCCGUCUACUUCCUCGUCGGCCUCUGUGCCACUUGGCAAGCUUUCGCCUACUUCGUCCUCGUCAUUUGGGUCAUCAUUCUAAUGGCCAACUCCUUUGUUCUCUUCCUAAGCUCCCUCGCCCCAAACUACAUAGCCGGGACGUCGCUCGUGACGGUUCUCCUCGCUGCGUUUUUCCUAUUCUCGGGUUACUUCAUAUCACAAGAAAGCUUGCCUAAGUUUUGGAUGUUUAUGAACUUCAUGUCGAUGUACAAGUACGCUCUUGAUGCAUUGCUAAUCAACGAAUAUUCGUGUUUGGUUUCAAGAUGCUUCAUUUGGUUUGAAGAGAAUGAAAAUGAGUGUUUGGUCACGGGGGGAGAUGUGUUGGUUAAAAGAGGUCUUGAUCAGAACCAACGUUGGAGAAAUGUUUAUGCUUUGGUAGCGUUUUUUGUGUUAUAUCGUCUUCUUUGUUUGCUUGUUUUGAUUAGAAGGGUUUCUACAUCUAAGAAAUAAUAAAACGUUAACUACUAUUAUUAUUGUUACCUUCAUUGUUAUUUCCAUUUGUGGAAUUUUUUUCUUUUUUUGUAAAAUAAAAUGAUAGAGAUCAAUAUAUAUAUAUACAAUUUGAUGCAUA